ACAUAGGAUCCAAUCACACAAAUACACACAGGAGCGAAUCACUCGGGUCUCUCACACACUUCCUUUCACCUGGCCAACGAUGCCGUCCGCGAAACCCUUCGCGACCGCUGCCGGCAUGCUACGAGCUCGUCUUAGUUCGGCCCUCCGAACAAGAGGAGGCCACGGCCUGAACCCGUUUACUACUGCGGGUCACCAAGAUCGGCCCAACGGAUACCUAUUCAACCGGGUCCCACCACCACCUGGACAAUCCCGGAAAUGGGAGGAUUGGGAACUCCCUUGCUACAUCACCAGCUUUUUCACUAUCGUUAUCCUCGGUGUGGGCCUCAACGCUAAGCCCGAUCUCACACUUGAAACUUGGGCCCAUCAAGAAGCCCUAAAACGCCUCGAACUUGAAUCAUCUUCUGCUCAAAUCCAAUCCAUUGAUGAAUGAAUCUGUGGAUCAUUUUUGGUGGACUUGAUUGUUGGGUAAAAGGGCCAAGUCUCAUGCGAAGGAUACGCUCACACGCUACAUGUUGAGGAGUAAGGUUCACCCUGUUGGUCUAGUAAGUUGAGUGUGUGCAAUCAUGCAUUAAUUAUUUUCGCCCUAUUUUCUUAAAUCUACCAACAAUUUGAUUAGGUAACAAGUUAUUACAUUAUUGUAUAAAAGAGUAGCACUAAGGGAGUACUGACCUGUUCAAAAGGGGUUACAAAUUUGCAUUGCAAUUUCCCUUAACAGUUCUUGAUAAAAGAGGGGGAAUUCAAACAGUCUCUCUGUAUUGUAUACAUCUUUCAGUUUUGUCCCUGUUUCUUUUGGCCAAUAUCACCCUUAGGAUUCAUACUAGAAUGGUGAUCCAUGUGGCCUUAAGUUGUUUCCGUGAAGUGAUGCCUCUUUGUUCUGAUGGAUAUGGUUUGUCA